UUCCAACACUAUAGUGAUACUACUAAUAUUCUGCUUUCAAGAUUUAUUACUCUGAAUAGCAAUAGUACCAAUGAUAGUUUCCAAUCUUUCCCACUUGGUGAUUAAAAGCUGAUAUUGUUGUGCACUUGAAGCCUCUGCAAUUUCUUGUUAUGGUGAAAUCUCCAGUGGUUUAUUUGGGGUAUGUUGAAAUUGCAAUGAGGUAGGGGGGGAUAGAAAUGGAUGUUAGACAUGAGACUUCAGAGAUGAAGUAUGAUAAGUUCUCAGGCCAGGUGACCCGAAGGACCAGAUUAAGAGUGUGGUUUGUUCGGAUUUGUUUCUGCAUUUUGAUAUGGACACUUCUUGUUCAGUUAGUCACUGUUGGUGGUCUUUGGCAUCCAAACUUGUUAACUAGAUCGUUGAAUCGGAGAAAUAAGUAUAAUAUGUUAUCCAUAGAGGAAAACGUGGUGCAGUCUACGCCAUCUCUUCCACCUGCAAGGAACUACAGUAGUAAUGGAUAUCUCAAAGUUUCUUGCAAUGGGGGUUUAAAUCAAAUGCGUGCUGCGAUCUGUGACAUGGUGACAGUUGCUCGACUUUUGAAUGUCACCUUAAUUGUUCCGGAGCUUGACAAGACAUCCUUCUGGGCUGAUCAUAGUAACUUUGAGGAUGUUUUUGAUGUGAAACACUUCAUUGACUCUUUGCGUGAUGAAGUUCGGAUUGUUAAAAGACUACCAAAAAAGUUUGUCAAGAUAUAUGGAUACCAGCCACUAGAGAUGGCUCCUGUUAGUUGGUCAAAUGAAAAAUACUACCUGCAACGGAUUCUACCACUCUUCGAGAAGCACAAGCUAAUACAUUUCAAGAAAACAGAUGCAAGGUUAGCAAAUAAUAUGAUCCCCCUUGAUCUUCAGAAACUCAGAUGCCGUGUCAAUUUCCAGGCACUAAGAUUUACACCUCAAAUUGAGGAUUUGGGACACAAAUUGGUUCAUAUUCUUCGAGGGAAAGGUUCUUAUAUAGUGCUGCACCUAAGAUACGAGAUGGAUAUGUUGGCUUUCUCAGGUUGUACGCAUGGCUGCACAAAGGAAGAAGCCGACAAGCUGAAGCGAUUAAGGUAUGCAUUUCCAAGGUGGAGGGAGAAAGAUAUAGUUUCUGAAGAGAGGAGAUUACAAGGUCAAUGCCCUCUUACGCCAGAGGAGGCAUCUUUAGUGCUUGUAGCAUUAGAUUUCGACAGGGAGACACAAAUAUAUAUUGCAUCUGGCGAGAUAUAUGGCAGUGAGAGGAGACUUGAUCAGUUACGAGUUUCGUUUCCACUUAUUGUGAAGAAGGAGACGCUUUUGGAUCAUGAAGAUCUGCAACAAUUUCAAAACCAUUCAUCACAAAUGGCUGCACUGGAUUUCAUUGUUUCCAUUUCCAGUAGUGUUUUCAUACCCACAUAUGAUGGUAACAUGGCAAAGAUAGUUGAAGGUCACCGAAGAUAUCUAGGGUUCAGAAAGACCCUCCAGCUUAAUAGACGAAAGAUUGUAGAAUUAAUCGAUUUACAUAAGAACAAUACACUUUCCUGGGAUGAGUUCUCAGCUGCUCUAAAAUCAACGCACAAGAAAAAGGUAGGAGAGCCCUCUCAUCGCAAAGUAAUGAAAAGCAAGCCCAAAGAAGAAGAUUAUUUCUAUGCAAAUCCGCACGAGUGUCUAUGUGAAAAACCAAGGUGCAUCAACUUGUCACAUGCUGAAAAUGUUAGUAAAAAUUAUUGAUCAGCCAUAUUGCUGGGGUGGUAUUAGCAAUCUGUCGUAUUGAAUGACCAUGUCUUAAUGAGGAAACCAUGUAAAUACGUAGUUGUAGAUUGAAGGGUCAGAUACUUGAUAGUAGUUGAAAUACAUCUGUCGAGUGUUUAGAUUAAUGGAGCCAGAGAAACAAUUGGUCUGGGAAGAGUGCCGAAGAAGUGUUGCAGGAAACAUUGAAAUAAUCCAAGUCCUAUGCAGGAAAUACAUUCAUUUUGUCAAUAGUGUUGGCUGGAUUCAAUAUCAGGAAUAAUAUUCUGCAGAUGUUCAUAUGAAUACCAUAGCAUUUCUAUCCACAGACACAUGUACCAGUAGUUGCUCAUAAUAUUCAUUUCAGAUUUUGUAAUCUACCAUCCCUCAAAUUAGUGAAUCUUUUGUAUUUGUAAGACAACCUCGUACUCUGGUCAAGUCUUGCUUGUGUCUGAAUUCUACAUGAUGAUGUACUGUAUCAGAUUUCGCCAUCAGCAGAGUGCUCAUUCAGGAUCUUUCUUGUUU